AUGCCUACGAGGCGCAACGAGCGCGACGGGCACGCGUCCAACAACGCGUCCCCCCGUUCCGCUCCAGACCUCACCCCCGAUCCACCCACCACAAGAUCUGGGCUGGUUCGCCAGUCCCCAGUGUUCAUGGCGGUUGAAGACGAAAACAAUAAUUGCGAAAACCGAAUGGAGGCUCCCGAGGUGGACAAUCAGGGACCAGAACAGCCACAAACCGAGUUCCAGAUGCUCCUACGGGCGAAUAACGAACUCAUGAUUCGAGUCGAUCGCAUGUCAGAGGCAUACGCGAAGACACUGACGGUGGUCACUACCGAGAACGCAUUGUACCGCAAGGAAUUGAUAGAAUCUCGAAGAGAGGUCCAGGAAUUGCAAAAGGAAAUCGCUAGUCUAAAAGAGCUCGUCCAGUCUCUAGCGGUGAACGCACUCACAACACCACCUAGCACGCAGGUCAGUAGCCCAGGGAGAAGCUAG